AUGAGCAAUAUGCUUUUCCUGUGCCGCCUAUCGGAAUCCUACCGGCCGAUACGGAAUGAGCCGGACAAGGUACUGCUGAGAGUGUACUUCAAUCCGGAGACUGAAAGCCACCUUGUCGCCGAGUCCGUCAUUUUCACUCUUCUUUCUGAACGACACUUGGGACCAAAACUGUAUGGCAUCUUCAGUGGAGGACGCCUGGAAGAAUAUAUUCCGGUUGGUCCAUUUGACCCUGUUUUUUUUUUCUGGUUUCAAUUAGUUGAGUAGAGCUGUAAGGUCUGUUCAAGCUUGGGUUUUUAUGAUUCAUAAUUAUCUUGCCCUUUUUCCCUUCCGACUCUUAAAUUUCUAGUCACGACCGCUUUCCGUUCGAGAAAUCUCCCUGCCGGCCAUGUCAGCCAAGAUCGCCAAAAGACUUGCCAAGGUGCACCAGCUCGAGGUUCCGAUUUGGAAAGAGCCUGACUAUUUGUGCGAAGCGCUCCAAAGGUUUCAAAACUUUGAAAUCGUCAAAAUAUUAAUUUUCUUUUUCAAGAUGGUUGAACCAGCUGUCUAACACUGUUUCCGCUGAACAUUCGUUUGACCUUCCGGCCGACAUUUCCAAAGAAGCUCCAAAUAGCAUCACCUGCAUUCAAUUGGCCAGAGAACUUGACUUUUUGAGGUUUUCUUUGAGUUUUAUUGAUAAGUGUGCAAUAUUUUUUUCAAGUUGACGAGCCUUGAAUACAAAAAAUCAGCUACUUUUGACAAGGGCAGUCAUUUCAGCGGAAAACUGAAAAUUCAAAAUUUAUUAAGUAAUUUUAUCAUAGCCCUCCAGCUUUUUUUGAUUCAUGCCAAAUUUCCACCUGAUCCAAAUUUGAGACGGGUUUCCUAAAAUAUAUCUAGAAAAUAGAAUUCUUAGAGAAAAUUUCAGAACGCACAUCGCCAAAAGCAAGAGCCCAGUCACAUUCUGUCACAAUGAUCUCCAAGAAGGUCUUGAGCCUUCCAAUAAAUUUUUCGAUUAUUCUGAUUUCAGGAAACAUCCUUCUUCCCAAAGCCUCAUCUGGAAACAUUCGACUUCCUUCGCUUUCUGACGAAUCCAGCGGCAGCGGAAACAGUCUUGCCGCAUUCAAUCCAGCUGAUCCACGCCUGGUCCUCAUCGACUUUGAAUACGCUAGUUACAAUUACAGGUACACUUUUUGUCUCUCCCACCGCAGGGAGUAAGGCCCUGCUGCAAAACACCUGAUUGAACGUGCUCCCGACCUAAAACUGCUUUCGCUUCGGACAUUAAAAAACAUUUUAACCGAUAAUUUUCAAAGAUUGAGAAAAAACUAUGAGAUGAUUCUUCGAGGACAGUCGCUUGAAACAAUUUUCCUCAAAAUAAUCGUACUACUGAGCUUUUUAUCCACAACCUGGCUUGAGCCAUUCCAACUGCGACAGCGACGCUCACGGUCAAGAAAAAUUAAUUAUAUAUCCUCUUUUCAGAGGCUUCGAUUUUGCCAAUCACUUCGUCGAAUAUUCCAUUGACUAUGACGUGGACGAAGCUCCAUAUUACGCGAUCACACCGGACAACUUCCCGACUUCUGAUAUGGUUUUUUUUCUUUCAUAAGCAUUUUCAUAGUUGGGAACUUAUCUAUAGAUGCUCGAGUUCUUCAUAAAUUACCUGCGCGAGUGGGGUGGAACACCUGAAAACCAGCUUUACCCGAAAGCUGAGCUUCUAAUCAAGGUGUCAAAAAUAAUCAAAAAUAUCAAAGGUGUAUAUAUCCAGGAAACUUUGCCUUUUGUGGCAGUUUCUCACUUUUUCUGGGGCGUUUGGGGCCUCUUGCAAGUUGAGCUCUCCCCUGUUGGCUUCGGCUUCGCUGUGAGUUUUUAACCAAAAAUAUUCAUUUUUAUGGUCUUUUUAAGGAAUACGGAAGAGACCGCCUCGCUUUGUAUUUUGCGAACCGCAACCUGUUGGAAAAUCUAGGCGAUGAAUAG